AUGGGCCCGACCUCGGCGGGCGCGGGGCCGCUGGACCGGGGUGGCCUGGAGGACGACGAAGAGGAGAUCACCGCCGCCACGCUGCGGGGCAAGCCCCGGCUGCCGCCCCUCUCGGCGCUGUCCGCCUUCAGCUACGUCCCCCCGCGGCGCCUGGACCCCCAGGAGCACAGCUACUUCUCCCGCCAGAGCCGGACAGGCAUCAUCUCCCUGUACGACUGUGUCUUUAACAAGAGCCCAGGCUACAAUCAGAAACUGCACCGAGAUGACAGAGAACACGCAAAAAGCCUGGGACUUCACGUGAAUGAGGAGGAGCGCCAGCGGCCUGUGGGAGUGCUGAUGUCCUCAGUCUAUGGGAGGCGCAUACACCAGCCCGUGGAGCCUUUGAUCCGGGACCAUGGCCGUGUCAACCACGUGAAGGCUGACUUCUACAGGAAGAAUGACAUCCCCAGCAUCAAGACGCCUGGCUUUGGCCACAUUUCUCCUGCCUGACGCCCCAUCUGGGGCCUGGACCGCUGGGUGGCACAGUCAGGCAUCAGAGGGUCAGGGAGCUGGCCUGAAGCGGCUUGCACCUGGACAGUGGGGGGAUGGGCCCCGGAGCCCCUUUUCCUCAUGUGGCCACGGUGAAGACCCUGGCCAGAGGCCUUUAAUGUGAUGAAAUCUCGUGGGACCGUGUCUGCGGAAAUGACGCCAGAGACCGAUCCCUGUGAGCACCGGAAUAAAAGGGAAGUGCUCCCACCUGA